GCUCUAAAAACAUAUUGUUUAAAAUGCUACCAUUGACUAUUCAAUUUUUUCUUUGCAGUGAUACCAUGACAACCAGCACAUGACCUGCAACAAACAUAUGCGGUCUCCAGGGCUUUGUUUAAGAAGGCUCAGAGUGAUAUCACUCAUUCUUUAGAAGAGCCUCAGUUAUAGAGAUGCUUUAUGUUGUUUAAGAUGCAUAGAGCCUACCAGCCAAGUUUACCUUGUGGCAACAAAUAUCUUCAGCAAAAAUGGGACAAAGCAAACUAUGAAGAGCACAAGAAAAGGAUCCAGACAGCCAAACCUGUAGUGGACACCACUACUCCUCUAACAUAUGGCCAUCUUCACUUGAAGUUAAAGAAGCUAAAGCUUGAGAAGGAACGGCUUUCAGUCAUUGAAAGAGACAAUCAUUUGCUGCUGGAGAAGAUUUCCUGCAUCAUGAGGACGAAAGGGCGAAUUGAUAACAAAAAUUACUGUCAGGCCAAAAGUUUAAACAGGGAAAAGCGAGAGAAGGAACUACUGAGAGUGAGCCAAGAGAACCGGGCCAUUCUGGAUAGGAUUACAAAGUGUGAGCCUCAGUAUCAAGUUCAGAGGUGGCAUGAAGACUGGCAAAGGGCAGAAAAAUACAUGGACAGCAUUGCAAGAUAUCCUCGUGGGUGGUGUAAAUUGCAGAAUCAAAAGGAACAAAAAUUAAACAAGAAAGCAUCAAAACAAGAGAGAGAAAAAAAGAGAUAAGCAACAGAAUGAUGAAGAUGUGAAAAGCAAGACAGAGGAGGGAGAAAAAGGGGACAUCCAAAGUGGAGAG